UAUGCUUUUGCGGGCCUCACUCAGGCAGGUGGGCAGGCGGCAGCAUAUACCCAAUUCCAGUACCCAACAGCGAGUGGUGAUCAGAGUGCUCAGCUUCUUCAAGGCUAUGCCUUACCUCAACAGGCUGGUCCCACGCCGACUGGCGUCCAAGCUGCUAUGUUUGGAGCUCAGUCAGCAGCUUCCUAUGGUUUUGAUCAAUCUAAUGCAGUUGCUUAUUCACAGGCAGCCUCUGUACCAAUGGGCCAAGUAGGAACUGGAAACCAAAUGCCCAUCCAAGCUGGAAUCAGUCAGAGCAACGUUGGCUUUCCCUAUGCGGAGUACGCUAACUCCUUCCACCAGUAUGGCGGUAUGACUCAGGGCCUACCCUCCGGCAUGCAGCCUGGAAUGGGAAAUGGUAAAGUAUUUUCUUUUGACCUUGCGUUAGACAUGCAGCAAUUCAAUCCUCUAGUCCAAGGAGAUUUUUCCCAGAUGGCUAAUAAUGGAAGUAUACUUGAAGCCAUUGCUCAACAGCAAGGACUCCAAGGUUUCAGCGCGGCUGCCUUCAUGCAACAGCAAGAUUCUUCCGGUUCUGGCCUGCAGCGUUCUGGUGGACAAAUGUCUGGAAGAGGACAACUUAGAGGCGUACGUUCAAACCCACCAAGCAUCACGAACCCGGAUGGUCUUCGCGAGGAUACAGUCUUCAUCAGUCGUCUCCCUCAAAAUGUAGACCAUGAAGUAAUCAAAUCUCAAUUUGGAAUCAUUGGGAAGAUUAAGACAAACUCUAAGAGUGGCAUGCCCAUGAUAUGGAUAUUUAAAGAGCGUGGAGUCCCAAAGGGAGAUGCAUUAGUUACUUAUGAAGACCCAAUGUGUGUAAAAGCUGCUAUUGAUUGGUUUUCUAAAAACGAUUUUAUGAACAAACGUAUCGAUGUUAGACAGGCAACCAAUAGCCAAAGGCCCGUCAUUAUUCCGCCUGGUGGUGGUGGCGGUGGCUCUGGAGGUAUCAGCAAUCAAAGCCAAAGCCAGCAGCAUCAACUCACAAAUAUGCAUCCAUGCGCAUCCGGAUCGCCUGGCUUAUCUGGGUUUGGACUUUCUAAUUCUGGUGCUAAUCAGCAAAAUCAAAAUGCAGCAGCUUUGGCCGCAGCUGCUGCAAUGGCUGCUGCUGCUGCCAGUCAAGGUGGUUCAAUGACCAGUCUUAUGAACAGUAAUGCUGCGGCCGCUGCUGCUAGUCUUGCUGCUUUGGCCAGUGGAUACCCCAGUGGUCCUCAGCAAGGUUCUCUCGUUGGAUACAACACUGAAGGUCAUCCGAUGGGCGGAAUGCCUGGUAGUGAUCAGUUUAUCUCAGGUGGGGUUGGGAACACUGUUGGGGGUAAAAUGAGUGGGCAUGGCAGUGGUGGCAGAGGGGGCUUGGGUGGAAUGCGAGGCCGGGGUGGCGGUGGUAUGGGCUCUAGUGGUGGCCAAAACGGUUCUAUAACUAUGAAUGGUCCUGGGGCUUCACAACUUGGGCGAGGCCACAUGCAGGCGACGAAUCAACCGACCAAUGCUGGCCAAUCCGGAUCUAAAGAAGGAGAUUGGGAAUGUUCAUCAUGUCAGAAUAUAAAUUUUUCCUGGCGCCAAGAGUGUAAUAGAUGC